AUGGAUACAAUCAAAAUGCUCUGCAAGAAAUAUAGAAAGGAUUCGAUAGACGAGACAACGCUGUUAUCCAAUUUCAAUACCAUCAAGUGCACACAUAUAGAUAAACUGAACCAUAUCAAUGAUGUUAUGCUCUCGUUGUACGCUCACGCGUUUUUUUGCUUGUUCUACAACUUUAAUGUGAGAAAAUUCGCUUUGGAAAGUGAUGUAAAGAUAGUUAUGUUCAGGAAGGUGUGUAAAGAAAUAAAAGGUGUUUGGGUAAGAGAGGAUACGAAGAUGGAGAGGUAUGUGAUAGCAGUUGGUUUGUUCAGUAUUAACGAUCCGGAUAGGUUUGUAAAUAAAAAUUAGAAAGCUGCUAAUAAUGCUUGUGCAAAGAGGUGGCUAGAGAGCGCUAUACAUUCAUAUUUCAGACUGAAACGAUCGUUGCCAACACAUACUAAUAAAAUUUUUUGAAUAAACGUUGCUCUACUGGAAAGUUUAAAUUGCAC